ACCUCAGAACGUGGUCGGCUCCACGCAGCAGCGAAUUAGCUGCCUUGCAUACUAGAAGGUCCGACCGGUCAGAGCCGCGGCGAAGGUGCUCAGGGGCUGCUUUCUCCCUCUCUCUUUGGCUCUCGCGCGUGUCCUCCCUGAGGGCCAGGAGGAACCUCGGCAGCGGCGCGCUCAGCGGGGGGCGGUCACGCGCACGCACGCUGUUGCGCACGCUCGUUCCUUCAGAACCCGGAAGUGCGAGGGGGAGGACAGCCACGUGGGUUGAGCUGCGGCGCAGCUCGCAUGGGGGAGUCUAUCCCGCUGGCCGCCCCGGUCCCCGUGGAACAGGCGGUGUUGGAGACGUUCUUCUCUCACCUGGGUAUCUUCUCUUACGACAAGGCCAAGGACAAUGUGGAGAAGGAACGAGAGGCCAACAAGAGCGCGGGGGGCAGCUGGCUGUCGCUGCUGGCGGCCUUGGCGCACCUGGCCGCGGCCGAGAAGGUCUAUCACAGCCUCACCUACCUGGGGCAGAAACUAGGGGGCCAGUCUUUCUUCAGUCGGAAGGAUUCCAUCCGCACCAUCUAUACUUCCCUGCAUAAUGAGCUGAAGAAGGUGGUGACUGGCCGUGGGGCCCUAGGGGGGACUGUGCCUCACUUGGAAGAACUCCUAUCCCAUCUGUCAGAGCAGCUCUGCUUCUUCGUUCAGGCUCGGAUGGAAAUUGCAGACUUCUAUGAGAAGAUGUACAUGCUUAGCACGCAGAAAUUCAUCAAUGCCGAAGAGCUUGUUGGCCUUUUGGAUACCAUCCUCAAGAAAUACAGCUCCAGGUUUCAUCACCCAAUCCUCAGUCCUUUGGAGAGCAGUUUCCAGCUGGAAGUUGAUGUCCUGAGCCAUCUUCUGAAGGCCCAGGCCCAGGUCUCAGAGUGGAAGUUCCUCCCAUCUCUGGUUAACUUGCACAGUGCUCACACUAAGCUACAGACUUGGGGCCAGAUCUUUGAAAAGCAGCGGGAGACCAAGAAACAUCUGUUUGGAGGACAGUCUCAGAAGGCUGUUCAGCCCCCACACCUUUUCCUUUGGCUGAUGAAACUCAAAAACAUGCUACUGGCCAAGUUUAGCUUUUACUUUCAUGAGGCACUGAGCCGACAGACAACAGCUUCAGAAAUGAAAGCCUUGACUGCAAAGGCUAACCCAGACCUUUUUGGAAAGAUUUGCAGCUUCAUCAGGAAAUAUGAUGCUGCCAAUGUGUCCUUAAUUUUUGAUAACCGAGGUUCAGAGAGCUUUCAGGGUCAUGGCUAUCACCACCCCCAUUCCUACAGAGAGGCCCCUAAGGGUGUGGACCAGUAUCCAGCCGUGGUGUCUCUGCCCAGCGACAGACCGGUCAUGCAUUGGCCCAAUGUCAUCAUGAUCAUGACAGACCGGACAACAGACUUGAACAGCUUGGAGAAAGUGGUUCACUUCUAUGAUGACAAAGUUCAGAGUACUUACUUCCUAACCCGCCCAGAACCUCACUUUACCAUUGUUGUCAUUUUUGAGUCAAAGAAAUCUGAACGAGACUCCCACUUUAUUUCCUUCCUCAAUGAACUCUCACUUGCCCUUAAGAACCCCAAAGUUUUUGCAAGUCUGAAACCUGGAUCCAAAGGUUAGCUAGUGAUUUGCAUGAAAGAUUUUCAAGACUGCAAAUUGUGUUCUUAAUUGCUCUGAUGAUCUGUCGUGGUCUGUGACUAGAAUUUACAUCCAUUCAUACUUCUUUCAGAGUAAAAUUAAAGACAACUCCUCCCUGUGUUGCACACUUUGUAAGCAAUUAAGGCCAAUUGAAUUAAGUAUCCAAAGAGUAAUCUGGGAAGUGAUCAUGGGCUACCAUGUAUCUUCAUGGUGCAGCAGAGUAAUUCUGGUAUUUUCUCCUGUAUUUUUCCUUUAUUUCAUGUAUACCGAACAUUUAUUGGUCUUUGGUUUUUCUUUCCAGAUAUUUUAUUAUUCUAAAUAUUGAGUUCUAAUGCACUUCCAAACACCCUCUCUUUUCUUCGUUCUUGGAAGAGUAAACUGGGAUAAGAUAUUAAAUGGGUAUGUUUUCUUUCUCAUGAAUUAGCCAGUUAACAUGGAGUUAUUUGUUUUAUAAUUCUGAUAUACAAAUUAAUUUUUUAAUGUCAAAAUUAGGAUCUUGGUAAGAAAUUUCUGCCAUUGAAGUUAAAGGUGAAUCAGUGGUAGUGUAAUGUUAGGUUUUAACAGUUCAGAUGACCCUCAUGGCACCUGUAAUGGCCAUCGGUCCUUUUAGGGUGAUCUUUAUGCCUAACUACAUUUGUUUUUAUCUUUUUAAAGUUUGAAUUUUUCACCAUUUAAAAGUCAGCAUAAGCCAUCAUGUGGGGUUUCUUCCUCCUUCUGUGUACUAUCUCCUUGACUCUGUCACUUUUUUGCUGAAAUCUGUGUUCAUCUUUGGCUCCACUCCUUGGUUAUUUUUAGGCUCAGAAAGCAUCACUGUUGGUUUUUCAGCCACUUUUAGUUUCUCAUACAAUGUAGCCUGCUUUUUUAAAAUCAAAAUGAAUUGAUUUUGCUAAAAAUCAAUUAUGCUUUCAGAAGACCUCUUCAUAGUUGAGUAAUCAGCUCAGUACUUAGUACACCUGAACUUGGGUUUCAUGCCUGCCUCCUGCAAAUUAUGUUCAGUAGCAGUGCUACAUCUUAGAACUUUCUUAGUUUCUUUCUUAAAACUUUCAUUUUUCCUUUAGUAGGUGUUCAUGGGGAAGUAGGUGGAACAGUGAAGGCAUAAUGGACUGUGAAGACCUUCAUUUCUGUUACUAAUUCAGAGUAAAAAGAAACAGCAAAGAAUAACUGAAUUGUUACUACUUGGUAAUUCUUUCAAAGUUUGUGUAAAAUGUAACAGCCAGAUGAGUCCUGUUUCUCAUGAUUCUGCAAACCCACUGUUGAACUGGUGUCCAUAGCAGCCACACCAGCAACAUCAGCAGAUCCAGGGAACCUCCGAGUCAGUGGGAGGACUGCCCACCUAGUCUGGACUGCUUGCUCAAAGAACACACCCGCUUACUUUCUGGGGAAAACGUGUUUUUAUUUCUCUCUCAUCAUAUGAUUUGUAAAAAGCCAGUUUGCUUUAAAUAGAAAGUAGUGAUUUAUCUUUACAUUUUAUUCACUCAGGUUCUAUAAAAAUAUGAACAGAUUUUACAACAUUGACCUUACUUAAAAAAUUGAAAACAGUUGGAACUAAAAAGUCAAAUCAUUUUUCUUCCCUUUUGUGCUUUGCCAAGGAACUGAAAAAUAUUCCUCAGUGUUUGUAUAUAUUUUUCCCCCUAGAUAAAACCACCAUUAGCCUUAAUGAUAGGAUCCCCUAUGUACCUAAAAGAAAGUGUGCUUCAGUGGAACACAGGGGGGUGUAAAUAAAACAUAUGCAACACUUAAACGGUCAAAGGUAUAAUACAUCUUUGAAUUGUGUAUUUUUUAAACAAAAAAAUUUACUAGGAACAGAAGGCAGAUGUAAAUACUAAAACUCUAAGACAACAUGAUUCAUAAAUUACUGUAACUAUCAUAGACUGAAGGAGUCUGAAGAUUAACUAUUGAUAUUCUAGUCAUUUCUUAAGCCCAUUUAAUAAAGUUUUCUUACUAAAAAACAUUUGGUUCAAGUGAAGAAGCAGUCAUUUUUACUCUCAGGUUUAUUCUGUAAGUACAGUAAGAAGAUGAUCUCUAACACCUGUGUUUUUCUAAUUGAAAGAGUAAAUCUGCACAUUCCCUGUAGACUGCCUACUUUGAAAUUCAUUUCUAAAACCACAACCUUAUAGAUUUUCUGAGUAGCUGGGAGCAUGAUCAGCGCCUAGUCUGCCAGAGGAGUCCCUCAGGAAGUGUUUCUUUUGAGGCUGCUCUUUGGACAUGGGGUGAAUGUUUACAGCUUUGUCCUCUCUGGGUCCAACCUGGUAUCUGAUAUGUCAUUUUGGGGAAUGUGAAAAAAAAAAAAAAAAAAAAAAAAGAAAAAGGAAAAGCUUGCUUUCUAA